GCAGCUGCAGUGCUUGGUGAACAUUUCCUUUCUGGGUUUUCAGGCAAGCUGUUUAUCUGAGUUAGACGUGUAGUGUACGUUUAGCCUUACAAGGUGCUGUCAAGCAACACAUAUCAAGGGACAUUUCUUGUCAUGUCUGAUGGCCUGGAGAAGUUGGAGGAUGAUGAUGAGUGCUGGGCACGGCUGGAGGAUUACAGAAUGCUUCUCAUCAAGACCAUUGAGCCCUCCAGGAUAACACCUUAUCUGAGACAGUGUAAGGUUCUGAGCAGUGAAGAUGAGGAACAGAUCUACAACGACCCCAGUCUGGUUAUCAGACGGCGAAAAGUUGGGGUGCUGUUAGACAUCUUACAAAGAACUGGACUAAAAGGCUAUGAGGCAUUUCUAGAAAGCCUAGAGCUUGAUUAUCCAGACGUGUACCGCAAAAUCACCGGCAAAGAGCCUGCUCGGGUCUUCUCCAUACUUAUUGACACUGCCGGGGAAUGCGGGCUCACUCAGUUCCUCAUGAGCGAGGUGUCUCGCCUGCAGAAGCUCGCACAGGACGAGCGGAGGGUGAGGCGCGAGGUGUCUGCGCAGGCGGCGGAGCAGCUGAACACCAUCCGCCAGCUGCAGCUGUGCGAGACUGAGUUGCGCAAGCAGCAGGAGCGCGUGCAGCGUAUGCGAGAGGAGCGCGCGCACGUUUGCGAGGAGGCGCGUAAACUGAGAGACGAGAAUUACCGACUUAUGCACGAUCUGACCCGACUGAGCGAGGAGAAGAACUGCGCUCUCAUGAGUAACCGUGAUCUCCAGCUGGAGAUUGAGAGACUAAAGCACAGCCUAAUGAAUGCAGAGAGUGACUCAAAGAUCCAACGUAAAAAGACAAUAACCUUGAAAAAUGCCAUGGAGCAGAGGCCCAGUCAGGAGAUGAUUUGGCAGAUGCAGAGAGAAAAUGAUCUCCUCACUGUCCGUAUACAAGAGCUUGAAAGCGCUUCCAAGGAGCAUGAAAAGCUUGAUCCACAGUCCUUGGAGGAAUUCAAGCAACAAAGUCAGGCUCAACACCAAGAACUGGUGAAUGAUAUAUACAAUAUACGCAGAGAUCUGCACGAUGCAGAGGAGCUACGUGAUAAGUAUCGAGAGGAGAAGGAUGAGUUGGAACUGAAGUGCACAAUGCUAAAGAAGGACUCCAAAAUGUAUCAUGACCGAAUGAAAGACAUCCUGAAGCAGUUGGAAGAAGUCAUCAAAGAACGAGAUAUGGCUAUUUCUACAAGAGAGGAGUACCAUUUGGAGAACUCAAAAAACCUUCAAGACAAGGACCAGUAUCGCAAACAGAUCCGGGAGAUGGGAGAACGUUAUGAUGAACUUCAAAUCCAGUUGUUCCGAACUCAAGGAGAAGUUCUUGCUCUUCAAGCAAAACUCUGUAAACAAAAAAACCCAAUUCAAGUGAACUCAGAAGACAGUUCCUUGCCGAGUUCAUUUGAGCUGAAAAGUCAGACUAGUGAGGAGGAGUGCAGGAAGAGGUGUGAAAAGGAUACAUGUGGUCGGAAGAGCGAUGUCAACAAUGUUCUCUUUAUUGAACAUUGCUCCUUUUUUCCUCACACAGACAUUAGUGAAGAGUCACAGAGCCAAACAUCUGGGGAGUUCAAUUCUUGUUUGUUUCCGGAAAGGUUCUCUGAGGAAGACAUCUUAACUACCUGCAAACUUAGAGGACGAUGCAACUUCUAUAACAGGAGGAAAUGUGCAUUAAGAACCAAAAAGUUCACAGUUAAAGAGAAUGUGCAGUCAAUCCUGAACAACACUACAGGGAGUGACACAGAUGGGAUGUGACACACUGCUUUGGACAAGAAAUGUGGCCUUCUCUAAAGACAUCACAUAUUUGAUGAGAAUCCAGUAUUGGUUUGCAGCCAGUGACUCAUAAAAACCUGACAAAUAGGGUAAAACAGGACUAAAGGCACACCUUAAGGAAAAUGUGCUUUCUUUCUCUUCACAAAGCGUAUAAAGAAAAAAUACAUUUAUUUUAUUGAAUAUUGAUGGAGCAACAACAUUUGUGUGAAAAGAAAAAAUAACAGAAUGUUGUUUUAAAUAAAAAAAUUUUUUUAUUUUUUAAAGGUGCCAUGGCGAGGGAGAUAAAAGUAAACGCCCCUAGGGCAAAAUUUGUCAACUUAGGCAAAUACUUUUUCACUGCAAGAUGCUAUUUUGAGUAACACAUUAAAACAAUGCAAAAUAACCUCAGAAAAGGGCAUACAAUUCUCUGUUAAUAACAAUCACAUUUUGCAUUUCAUAACAUCUCAAGUAUUCUUUAAAUACAGUAAUCUCCACUGUGAUAGGACCAGUAAAUGUGAGCCCACUUUGAACAUUUUUCAUAACAAAUCUAUUCGCCCCACUUAAGAAAAUUUUUUUGUUUUAUGGGGGCCUUUAGCCCCUGCAACAGGGGUGCUUUUUACCUCAAAUACUAUCCUUUCACUUUUUAUUUAAUCACCCUGAACAAAACUGAGAAUGACAAACAAGUAUUUAGUAUUUAAAAUAUAUGUGGAAAUUGAUCAAACUUUGGACAUUACACGCAAUGAUCUCAUGGAUCAGGAAAAUGUUGCAGUGCAUAGUGAUAAAUAGGUGUUAAGGUAAGCACUGUGGUUGUUUUUGUUGCUGUUUAUUGUUUUGGGAGAAAAUAAAAUCAAAAGUGCCUUUUACCCCGGGGGCCCUUUAGCCCCGUUGUUCCCUUUAAUUGUUCUCUAAUCUAAAAUAUGUUCAGUCAGUAAUUGAUAUUGCCAUGACUCUAAUCUGACAAAGUUUCUCUAUUUAUUUCUUCUGUAUAUAUGAGAGAUGAUCUGCUUGUACAGUGUACAUGAUACAACAUAGUGCAUGUGAUUUUCAAAAUUGUUUCAUAAAAUUUCCUUUAACUUUAUAACGACAUCCAAAACUCACGCCCUUUAUUUAAACUCAAACGUUUGUUACUUUCUUAAUUUAUGAGGUUUACAGUAGUAAUCGAAUGAUAAUAAAAAAUAUUAUAUGAUUUUUCCCCCGUAUUUUGUGAAUUUUCAGCAUAUGUGCACAAACGUAUCACAAUAGACUAUAAUGAUUAUAUGUCAUCAGGGGCGGACUGGGACUAAAAUGUGGCCCUGGACUUUCUGGCCUAGAGUGGCCCACCAAACCCGGCCCGCAACACACCACACCAUAACACACCGGCUCAUUGAUUUCAUUUUCUGGCUCAAUUUCAAAUUUUUGUGUUAAAAAAAAAAAAAAGAUGUUCCUAUUGACUGCUAGUCAUGACAAUGGGCCCCACAGUGCAACAAUUGUCAUAAUGUUAAAAUAUAUAAAACCACCGUAAACGUGAUGAGUGGAUUUUUUAGAGAAAGCACUAAAAUAAGCACUUUAUAGCUCAGACAAAUAGCUUGUCCGAAAACUUUUUUCCCAACUUACAGAUGUUAGGUUAAAAUGUACAUGAAAGUACAAUGGAAAGUGUGUAUUUUAGGUGCUGUGACAAGUCAGUAUUUCUUCAAAGUUUUUAAAUAUUUAAAUCACUUUUAAACUUUUUUCUAGAAUUGCAAAUACACUAUUGUCUUAGUUAAUAUGAGGUUGUGGAAACAAGUAUAAUAAUAAUAUAUUAUACAUGUACUGUAUAUGUAUAUAUAGCUAUACAAGAUCAUAAAAUGUUGUUUCAGAUAACUAGAAGAAGAAAGUGUCACACAGCAGGACACUGAUGACAAUACUUAAAAUUUCAUGUAAUUUACUCACAUAAAUGUGUAAAUGUGUAUUUAAAAAAAAACAAUUAAAACAAAGUUGGCCAGAAUAUGUGCAUAUAUAAAUAUAAACAAAUAUAAAUAGAUGUAAAAAAAAUAAACACCUCUUAAGGUGUAGAUCUUUGCAGAUUAAUUGCUCGUAUUUUCACUCUAUAUGAGUUUGUUGCGUCUUUAUAUUUGCAGUGUUUUAAUGCCUUCCCCAGAUUAUUCUUGAGAAAAAGUGAAAAGCCCAAUGCUUUGACAAGCACUGUUUCUGCUAUCCUUUAAACAAAGUAAGCCUCAAAGACUCAAAUAGCCACAAAGUAAUACUUUUCAUGACUUAUUUUCCACAUUUUUUUUAUUAUUCAGCAAGCCGCACUUCAGCUCCCUGCGGUAUGAAUAAAUUAUGCAAAUUACAAUGUACUGCUCAUAUCUUUACUGUUUGCAGAUUUUAAAAUACGCUGCUGUUAUUGUAUUUGUUGUAACUUGCAGUUAUUUGCCAUUUUCUGAUUAUUCAGAGCUCAUCUUAUACUUAAUAUGUUGUCUUUGGUUGUCACCAAUAUUUUGAUUUGUAUGUCAAAUAAUGAGGUCCGGGCGAGGUUCAAAAUUAAUGCGCUUAAACAGAAAUGCGUUACAAUGUGUAAGUAAUGUAAUUUCAAAGUCAUUGCAGUUUUUCAAAAUAAAAGCCAUUUUAUUGGCUUUAUCUUACAGAGAUUUUAGAAUAUUCUCUCUGUAAUGGGGUUGGCACGGGCAUGUUGUCACUUGUGUGGACAUGUUAUGUAAAUAAAAGCCAGUGAAUGUGA